GGCAAGCGCCUCGCGCGGCCGCACAGCGGUGAGAGUCACCGGGGCGAAGGUAGGAGAGCUGCUCUGUCAGGCUGGAGGGGGCGCCUGGAGGGGCGAGUCUGGGAAGUCCGCCAGGAACGCUGACUGAUCACAGGUCAGGCCCAUGUAGAAAACCUGUCAAACUGUCCAUGGUCGCAGCAGGUCUUUACGUAGCCGUCUCACUGUCCAGAGGGCCUAAAACUCCACUUGGAAGGUUACCACCAAAGAACAUGAUUUUGGUCUAGGGGCUCCAGUUUCUGAAGCUGAAAAAUACCAGAAUACUCUCCAGCUAGAACAAGAAGUGAGAAAUCAAGAAAAGUUCAUCUUUACACUGAAAUUACAGAUUGAAGAUCUCAAACAGACAAAUCAUGGCUUGGAAGAAUAUGUUAGGAAACUCUUGGAUAGUAAGGAGGUGGUAAGCAGUCAAGUAGAUGAUUUAACCAGCCACAAUGAGCAUCUUUGUAAAGAAUUGAUUAAAGUUGACCAACUAGCAGAGCAACUAGAAAAAGAGAAAAAUUUUGUGGUGGAUACUGCCGACAAGGAACUUGAAGAAGCAAAGAUUGAACUCAUUUGCCAGCAAAAUAAUAUAAUAGUAUUGGAAGAUACAAUAAAAAGACUUAGAUCUAUAAUUUUAGAGACUGAAAAAGCACAAAAUAAAUCUCCUUCCAGACUUGAUUCCUUUGUCAAGACUUUGGAAUCAGACAGAGACUACUAUAAGAGUGAAGCUCAGAAUUUGAGAAAGAUGAUAAGAAGUAGAUCUAAAAGUCCAAGACGGCCAUCUCCAUCUUCUCGGGGUACAAACUGUGAUGUAGAGCUUUUGAAGACAACAAGGGAUCGUGAAGAACUUAAGUGCAUGCUGGAAAAAUAUGAGCGUCAUUUGGCUGAAAUUCAGGGUAAUGUCAAAGUCCUUACAUCUGAGAGAGACAAGACCUUUCUUCUUUAUGAACAGGCACAGGAAGAAAUUGCCCGACUCCGAAGAGAAAUGAUGAAAAGCUGUAAGUCUCCCAAAUCGACGACAGCACAUGCUAUCCUACGACGGGUAGAGACUGAGAGAGAUGUAGCCUUCACUGAUUUACGAAGAAUGACCACUGAACGAGAUAGUCUGAGGGAGAGGCUAAAGAUUGCUCAAGAAACAGCAUUCAAUGAGAAGGCUCACUUGGAACAAAGAAUAGAGGAGCUGGAGUGUACAGUUCAUAAUCUUGAUGAUGAACGUAUGGAGCAAAUGUCAAAUAUGACUUUGAUGAAGGAAACCAUAUCCACUGUGGAAAAAGAAAUGAAAGCACUAGCAAGAAAGGCAAUGGAUACCGAAAGUGAACUUGGCAGACAAAAAGCAGAGAAUAAUUCUUUGAGACUUUUAUAUGAAAACACAGAGAAAGAUCUUUCUGAUACUCAGCGACACCUGGCUAAGAAAAAAUAUGAGCUACAACUUACUCAGGAAAAAAUUAUGUGCUUGGAUGAAAAAAUUGAUAAUUUUACAAGACAAAGUAUUGCCCAGAGGGAAGAAAUCAGCAUUCUUGGUGCAACCCUGAACGAUCUGGCUAAAGAAAAGGAAUGCCUGCAAGCGUGUUUGGAUAAAAAAUCUGAGAAUAUUGCAUCCCUUGGAGAGAGUUUGGCAAUGAAAGAAAAGACCAUUUCAGGCAUGAAGAAUAUCAUUGCUGAGAUGGAACAGGCUUCAAGACAGUCUACUGAAGCCUUAAUUAUGUGUGAACAAGAUAUUUCCAGAAUGCGUCGGCAAUUGGAUGAAACAAAUGAUGAGCUGGCUCAAAUUGCUAGGGAAAGAGAUAUCUUGGCUCAUGAGAAUGACAAUCUUCAAGAACAGUUUUCUAAAGCUAAACAAGAGAACCAGGCACUAUCUAAAAAAUUGAAUGAUACUCAUAAUGAACUUAAUGACAUAAAACAGAAGGUCCAAGAUACUAACUUGGAGGUUAACAAGCUGAAGAAUAUAUUAAAGUCUGAAGAAUCUGAAAAUCGACAAAUGAUGGACCAACUCCGAAAAGCCAAUGAAGAUGCUGAAAACUGGGAAAAUAAGGCCCGACAAGCAGAAGCAGAUAAUAAUACUCUCAAACUGGAACUUAUCACUUCUGAGGCAGAGAAUAACAGAUUAAAAGAAAAAGUUGAUGCCCUCAAUAGAGAGGUUGAACAACACUUAAAUGCAGAAAGGUCUUACAAGUCCCAGAUUUCUACUUUACAUAAGUCUCUUGUUAAGAUGGAAGAGGAGCUUCAAAAAGUUCAGUUUGAAAAAGUGUCUGCCCUUGCAGAUUUGUCUUCCACGAGAGAACUUUGUAUUAAACUUGACUCAAGCAAAGAACUUCUUAAUCGACAGCUGGUUGCUAAAGAUCAAGAAAUAGAAAUGAUGGAGAAUGAGUUAGAUUCUGCUCGUUCUGAAAUAGAACUCCUCAGGAGUCAGAUGACAAAUGAGAGAAUCUCCAUGCAGAAUCUAGAAGCUUUGCUGGUGGCCAAUCGAGACAAAGAGUAUCAGUCUCAGAUAGCCCUUCAAGAAAAAGAAUCUGAAAUUCAGCUUCUUAAAGAACACCUUUGUUUGGCAGAAAAUAAAAUGGCCAUCCAGAGUAGAGAUGUUGCCCAAUUCAGAAAUGUUGUAACACAACUGGAGGCUGAUUUAGAUAUUACCAAAAGACAACUCGGGACAGAGCGCUUUGAAAGGGAGAGGGCUGUGCAAGAGCUUCGCCGCCAGAAUUACUCAAGUAAUGCUUAUCAUUUGAGUUCUACAAUAAAGCAAAAUGCAAAAUGUCAUUCACCAGAACGUGCUCACCAUCGAUCUCCUGACCGAGGCCUGGAUCGAUCAUUAGAAGAGAAUCUUUGCUAUAGAGAUUUCUGACACACAAAAUGAUUCUUCAUGUCCUUGGGAAAAGUCAAGGUUACAAACUGAUUUUUUUUGCUAUAUGAUUGCAUUUAUCUUUUGAAUGCUUGACAAUGUUAAAUGUUUUUAUUAACUGUGUGCCUCUGAAUCUCUGUUGUCAUGUGCCAUAUUGCAGUGAUCUGAGAUGACUUAUAAAAACAAAAUGAAUAUGGCUCUUUUCUAUCCAUACAGUAAUAGUGAGUGUAAAAUCUGCUUACUUCACUAUUGAACACUGUUAUGUUAACUAUCCGGAGUAAAUAAAGAAGCUUGUAAAAAAGAGGGAAAAGUGUUUUUACAAAACUGAUUUCCUUUCCUUUCUUGGUAUCUCAAAUAAUUGGUUGGUUAAAUUUUUCUUUGUGAUUUAUGCUUUCAUGACUAGAGAAGUUGUGUCAAAAUAGGCACAGCUUGCCAGUACUGGCCUGGUACCCAAUAUUCCAUUUUGGAACCAAUCUGACAUAAGUUCCAGGCCAUAAUCUGACAUCAAAACAGCAGAUAGUAGGAGUUUUUAAAUCCAUAGUACUGGGUUUUUAAAUCCAUAGUAUUGUACCACUAGUUAACAUACAUUUUCUACAAUUGUGUUUAUCCUACUAUUUAGAAAGGUAGGUGAUGCUAUAUCUGUCAUAUCUGUCAAGAAUGUAAGAUUUUUAAAAAUCUGUAUUUUUAAUAAGUUUUCUUUAAAACAUUAAAGUACUGCAAUCAAUUUAAUUGCCAUUUUAUUUAUUUAUUUUGCCUGUGGUAGCUGUCUGUAAUGCAGCAUAACAAGUUUAGUGAUGUUUUCUUAUUUCCCCUAAAGCCUCUUAAAUAGCUAAUCUUUUCUGUCCAUAGGCUGAUUUAAUGUUGAUAUUAGAGUCUGAAAAGUAUUGUAUUUUACUGAUAUAAGUUAUUUGUAUCUUUCCAUUUUAAUAAAAUAAGUCUUGCCAUUAAUAGUA